GUCGUUCUAAUCUAGAAUAUAUGUGGGCCUAUAGAGCUUCUCAUGAAAUGAUAAAGCCUCAUCUAUUCUCUGGAGAUACGUCUCCCCCCCUCUCUCUAUUUAUAGAACAAAACCCAAUCUCUCUUCCUGCAAAAGAACCCUCGUAACAACAAAUGGCAGAAAAACACAAGAAGCCUCAUGCAAUCGUCUUCGCUUACCCUCUCCAAGGUCAUAUAGUCCCAGUUGUCCACCUUGCUCUGAAGUUGGCCUCCCAUGGUUUCACCAUCACCUUCAUCAACACCCACUCCAUCCACAAUCACACCUCCAAGGCCCAUCCCAAAACUGGUGCAGAGUUGUUUGCCAAGGCCCGCGAAUCAGGUCUGGACAUCCGCUACACCACCAUCUCUGAUGGGCUUCCUGUUGAGUUCGACCGAUCAUUGAACCAUGACCAGUUCUUGGCAGCUCUAUUGCAUGUGUUCUCAGCUCAUGCAGAGGAGGUGGUGGCUAAGAUUGUUGCUUCUGGAGAGGAUGUUCAUUGUUUGAUUGCUGAUACCUUUUUUGUAUGGCCUUCAAAGAUUGCCAAGAAAUUUGAUUUGGUUCAUGUUUCUUUCUGGACAGAACCUGCUUUGGUAUUUACUUUGUAUUAUCACUGGGAUCUUCUAAGGUUAAAUGGUCAUUUUGAUUGCCAAGAUUGCCGCGAGGAUGCCAUAGAUUACAUACCAGGAGUGAAGGCAAUCGAACCAAAGGAUACGACGUCGUAUCUUCAAGAAACAGAUACGACAUCUAUUUGCCACCAAAUUAUUUAUAGCUGUUUCAUUGACACUAAAAAUGCAGAUUUUGUUUUAUGCAAUACAGUGCAAGAACUUGAACAUGACACCAUAUCAGCUCUGCAAGCCAAAAUUCCAUACUAUGCAAUUGGACCCAUUUUCCCUAAUGACUUUUCCAAGACCAUUGUAGCCACCAGCCUGUGGUCCGAGUCACAAUGCACCAAGUGGCUAGACAAAAGGCCACAUGCCUCAGUGUUGUACGUAUCAUUUGGCAGCUAUGCCCAUGUUACAAAAAAUGACCUUGUAGAGAUAGCAAGUGGGCUUUCCCUAAGCAAAGUGAGUUUUGUUUUGGUGCUUCGACCUGAUGUUGUGAGCUCAGAUGAUGCUGAUCCAUUGCCCGUCGGAUUCAAAGAAGAGGUUGCUGACCGUGCGAUUGUUAUACCUUGGUGCACUCAGAGAGAAGUCUUGGCCCACCCAGCAAUCGGAGGGUUCCUAACCCAUUGUGGGUGGAAUUCCAUAUUAGAAAGCAUAUGGUGUGAAGUACCAUUAUUGUGUUUCCCUCUGUAUACUGAUCAAUUCACAAAUAGGAAAUUAGUGGUUGAUGAUUGGAAGAUUGGGAUUAAUUUGAGUAAUAAGAAGGUGAUCAGCAAAGAGGAAGUUUCAGAUAAUAUUAACCGUCUGAUGUGUGGAGAAUCAAAGGAUGAAUUCAAGAACAGGAUCAAGGAGAUCAAGAAGACACUGGAAAGUGCAGUGUCACCUAGUGGAUCAUCAGAGAAAAAUAUGUUACAAUUCAUCAAGGACUUGGAGGCUAAGAUCGAAAAGAUAGCCCAUGCCAAGAACUCCAACUGCAAUGGCCAUGUGUAAUAUAACU